AUGAAGGCUAGGUGUAAGUACUGUCGUAAAUCCCUUGGUGGGGAAACAAGUAAUGGAACUUCACACCUAAGAAGCCAUAUCAAAACAUGUAUCCAAAAGAGGAUACAUGAUGGUUCUCAAAAAAUACUUGGCCCUAACUAUAAACCUGCUGGAAAUCCUCAACUCUCUGCUUCUCAAUACAAUUAUGAGGUUUCUAGGAAGGAACUUUGUUUAAUGAUUCUGGUCCAUGAGUACCCCCUUAGCCUUGUUGAUCAUGUGGGUUUCAAACGUUUUUGCUGUUCUCUUCAACCUCAAUUCGCUGUUCCUAGUAGAAAUACUGUCAAAAAGGACAUUUUGAGUUUGUUUGGUGUUGAAAGAGGUAAAUAUCAGACCAUUAUUGAUGGUAAUCUGGGGAGGGUUUCUGGUACAAUUGAUUUGUGGACUGCCAGAAAUCAGAAAAGGGGUUAUAUGGCAGUAACUGGUCACUUCAUUGAUAAUUCUUGGAAGCUGCGUAACAUAAUGCUGAGAUUUAUGUAUGUUCCAGCCCCUCACACUAGUGAAAGGCUUGCUGAUAGGUUGUUUGAUUGUCUUUUGGAUUGGAACAUUGAUGGUAAGUUGUCCUCAAUCACAUUGGACAACUGUACCACCAAUGAUUCCAUGAUUUUCCACAUGAGAAAUAAGCUUUUGAGCAGUGACUUGUUGCUUGAUGGUAAAUUGGUUCAUAUGAGGUGUUCUGCUCAUAUUUUGAAUUUGAUUGUAAGGAAUGGUUUGGAUGCAAUCAAGGAUGCUAUAAAUUUGAUUAGGGAGAGUGUAGUUUACUGGAAUUCUACACCUAAGAGGGUUCAAACCUUCUUCGAAGUUGCUAAGCAACUUAAGCUGUCUGUUGAGAGAAAAUUAGUCCUUGAUUGUCCAACUAGGUGGAAUUCCACCUAUCAUAUGCUCUCUGUUGCUAUUCCCUACAAGGAUGUGUUCUUUCGUUUGAGUUUGAGAGACAAUCAUUACACAUCAGUUCCUUCUAGUGAACAAUGA